AGCCAAUGUUUUUUUUCUCCUCUUUCGUUAAAGCGCGUGUUACAACACAUCACGAGAUAAAAUAAAAAACAUAACCCUAGAAAGAUCUCUUCACUUUCAUCUCUCUCUUCUUGUCCGAAAAACAAAAAAAAUCCACAAACCAAUCUCCGAUUAUCUCGCAAUUUUCCUAACGAGAAACUAAUUCCGAUCAACAGAGAUAGAUGGCAUCUUUUAAGAUGAUGUCUUCUUCCACAUCCAGAAACUCCGAUCUCUCUCGCCGUAAUUCCUCCUCUGCUUCGUCUUCUCCCUCCGUAAGAUCCAACCAUCUCCGACGAGAUCUUAACACCGAUCAUCACUCGAGAAUCAGUUUCGGUUACGGAGGAGGGAACGAGGGGACGUUACACGAUUACGGUUUGGCCUCUGAUUCGAUUGAUCGGAGUAACGGAGACAGGAACAGCGUUAACGGAGGUGGGAGGAAGAGUGUGGAUGAUGUCUGGAAAGAGAUUGUGUCGGGAGAGAAGAAGAUGGUAAUGAAGGAAGAGGCAGAAGAAGAGUAUAUGAUGACUCUUGAAGACUUUUUAGCCAAAGCAGCAGAAAUUGAUAAUGAUGAUGAAAUUGAUGUUAAGAUUCCUCCGGCGAGUCUCUCCGGCGGUCUCUCCGGAGAUGGCUAUUCAUUCGAUUAUCCGAUGAUGCUUCAGGAGCAAGGCAAUCAGGUUGAGAUGGUGGAAGGAUCAACGAGGAGAAAGAGAGGGAGAGUGAUGAUGGUGGAGGCGAUGGAUAAAGCGGCGGCGCAGAGGCAGAAGAGGAUGAUAAAGAACCGUGAGUCAGCUGCUAGGUCGAGAGAGAGGAAACAGGCUUAUCAAGUGGAGCUUGAGACUUUGGCUGCGAAGCUAGAGCGAGAGAACGAACAGCUUUUGAAGGAGAUUGAAGAGAAGACUAAAGAGAGAUACAAGAGUCUUAUGGAACAGUUGAUUCCUGUUGAUGAUGAGAAACGAAAACCAUCAUCAGCUUUGUCGUCGAGGUCUUUAAGCAGGAGCCACUCUUUGGAAUGGUGAAAAGAGUUAUUUAGAAAGUCUUUUGGUAAGUGGUGAAAUAAUGAUUUGAUGGUUGUAUGUUUUUUUUGUAUGUAAAUAAAACGUAUGGACUUUGAUUACUAUAUAAUAAAUAGUAUGUAAUCUAUAUAGUAAAGUGAUGGUUAUAUGGUUAGUGCUAUCUAUAGUUCUUACAUGUAGGAGUAAAUAUUUUUGUGGAGUGUGGACCAUGAGGGAUGAAUUCAUAUUUGAUUGGUUGUUUUAGAAGAAAAAUGGGAGUGAUAUGUGUUGAUUAGGCAGGAACAGAGAGGUCUUCUUCUUCUUCUUUAUUCUCUUGGCAUCGUUUUAGCAGCUGCAGUUUUCGUAGUAGAUGCAAUAGAA